CAAUAUUUGUCACAAAUAAAUUAAAGUGCUACAGUACCUAUUUUAUAAAAUUUUUUUGAACUAAACAAGGCCUAAUAUCGCUGCAACGGCGCCGGCGCAGACAAAACAGUCAACAGCCGGGCAGGCGGAGACGCGGAGUGGGGCGCGCAACCUGUUGGGUUUCAGGGUUUGCCCCGUCGAGGCAUCGAGGAUGGAGCCGGGAGCCAAAUCGGAAGCAAAGCAAGGUGAGGCGAGAGCGGGAUCUGGUGCGGGGGCAAGCGGCAGCGGCGGCGGCAGCAUCAAGGUGUAUCAUGAGAGGCAGAGGUUGCAAUUCUGUCUCCUCCAUGCUCUCAACAACCUUAUGCAGGAAAAGGAAUGUUUCACCCGUGUUGAGUUGGAUGAGAUCGCUGGGAAUCUUGUUCUCAAUGAUCCAAACAAGGGCCAAUGGACUCCUCUAUCAUUCAUUUUUAAACCUCACCACAAUGUUAUAACUGGGAACUACGAUGUAAAUGUUCUCAUCACAGCAUUAGAAGCUAGAAAGAAGAAGGUGGUUUGGCAUGAUCGUCGGAAAGGGGCAUCAUCAAUUGAUCUGAAUGCUGAAGCAUUGGUAGGCCUGAUGAUCAAUGUGCCUGUCAGGAGGUUCAGGGGGCUCUGGACUGGCAGGCAUUGGGUGGCAAUUCGAAGCAUUGAUGGCGUCUGGUUUAAUCUGGACAGUGAUCUUUCUGAACCCAAGCAGUUUAAGGACAAAGAAAAUGUGAUUGGGUUCCUUGACAGUGUGCUCAGUCAAGGUGGAGAACUCAUGGUCGUGCUGCAAGACGAAUAACCCUAUUGCCCCGAAUCUCAAAGUCUACCAAAAUAGGCUCUUCUAUGUGACUUGCCAUACUUUUGAGUUGUCAUCUCAAUGAGGUCACAGACACCUACAGCAGAAAUUUCCUAAACCUUGUGGUUUAAUUGCUGAUCAUAAUGGACAGAUUGGUAAAUGGAAGGUUCAGUGUGCAACAUAUACACUUCAUAUGUUUCUGCUGACCCUUUGAUUUAUUGUUCUGCCCGUCUCUGUCAUAUAUUGGAUUGCCAGCCAGGUGUCUGCAGUAGGUAGAAGUAGAACAUUGGCUUGCUAAAUGAUGAAAAUAGCGAACUUCGAUUCUCAGCAAGAAUAUGUUACUGUGGAUUUGUACAGAACUAAUGGGGAGGUUGCUUCUGUUGUAGUUAUAUGCUUUGGAGAAACAAAGUUGUCCUGGCAUGUUCCUAGAAUUUGUCAGUUCGUUCGUAAGUACUAUUGGAUAUCAAGAUAUGUAACAUUAUCUAUAGACUAUACUAGUUGAUACCCCUGGAAUAAGCAGAGCUAUCCCAUCAUCUUUCAAUUAUUACAAAGCAUAAAAAUAUAUUUAGCUGUAAGAUCAAUGUUGUUUAAUGCAUCAUAUUCAGCUAGGAAGGUGAUGCUAUUGAGCUUGUUAUGGAGAUGUUGUGGUGAUUUAAUAACUUUCCUUCCU